AUGGACAGACACGAGGUUGAGAUUGUGUCCUCAAAACACCAGAGCAGAGGGAGGAAACGAACCCGACUUUUCCCUCCGUCCAUCUUCCUCCCUCUGUGUGUAUUGCUGUGUGUUUGGGGUCAGGUGGAAGGAGUGGUUCAUUCCAGCUUUCGUCGGCUCAGCGGUCGGGAAAAGAAGGAGAUGCAGAAGGAGAUUUUAUCCAUUUUGGGUCUCCCCGGGCGGCCUAGGCCUCACCCGCCGCUGCGGCCGCCUUCCUCCGCCCCGCUCUUCAUGCUGGACCUUUAUCAUGCGGUGUCGUCUGAGGCUGAUGACAGGCCGGGUUUGGGUUUCACUCCGGAAGUGGUCAGUCAUGCCGCACUGCCCACUUUAAGCACACACAUGCCGCCGCUUGGUACUGUGGUCAGUGAGGCCGACACGGUUAUGAGCUUCGUGAACCUGGUUGAACAGGAGAAGGAUCUGCUCCAGCCUCGGCCAUACUGGAAGGAGUUUCGCUUCGAUCUCACUCCGCUUCCUCAGGGAGAGACGGUCACCGCUGCUGAGUUUCGCAUCUAUAAAACUCUUACCAUGGGUUGGCGUUUCAACCACACCCUCCAUAUCUCUGUCUAUGAAAUCCUGAGGGAGAAAAGACACAGGGAGCCUGAGCUGGUGCUGCUGGACAUGCAGUCUGUACCUGCGGGUCAGGAGGGUUGGCUGGCAUUUGAUGUGACUUCUGCAAGCAAUCGCUGGCUUCUCCAUCCUCGGAGCAACCUGGGCAUCCGCCUUUAUGUGGAAACUGAGGAGGAUCACAGGUCAUGGGUGGGUCUGGUGGGUCGGCGUGGGCCUCGCUCUAAGCAGCCGUUCAUGGUGACGUUCUUCAGAGCUAGUCAAGCCCCUUGCCGCCCACCGCGUGCUCUGAAACACACCAAUCAACGCAAGAAAAAAACUAAGUAUGACCUGCCACACCCAAACAGACCCGGCAUAUUUGACCAAAAUCAUAGCAGUGGACGGCAGGCCUGUAAGAAGCAUGAACUCUACGUCAGCUUCAGCGACCUUGGCUGGAAGGACUGGGUUUUGGCCCCUACAGGUUAUUCUGCGUAUUAUUGUGACGGGGAAUGUGAUUAUCCUCUGGGCUCUUGUAUGAAUGCCACAAACCAUGCCAUGAUCCAGCUGCUGGUUCAUCUUCUGAGACCAGAUGAAGUGCCUAAAGCCUGCUGCGCUCCAACCAAACUCAGUCCCAUCGCUGUGCUCUUCUAUGAUGACAACAACAACGUUAUUCUAAAGAAACAACGAAAUAUGGUGGUCAAGAAUUGUGGCUGUUUAUAGCCCCUCACGCAUUCAUGUUUUAAAUCUGACACGAUGUAGAUUUGUUAUAAUACUCACAGCCACCAUUUGUAAUAUACAGUCAUUAAAAUAUUAUAUAGCCAAACGAGCGCUUCUGCCUGUCCCAAAUGAUUGACAAAUGAUAUUUAUUAAAGCGUCAUGAUGGUUUAUCAGCAUGUGACCAUUUUUUGGAGGAUUUAAGAGAGAAUUUAAGGUUGGAAUCCAUCCCAUAAUAAAAAUCUACUUUUCACAUA